CUUGGGGAGGCUCCAUGACCAACAACCCCCUAACCAUUGUUUGGGUGAAUGGCGGUGAUGUGGUUGUUUCUUCUCGGAUGGCAUUCGGCUAUUCCACUCCUCCGCCAUAUGCCGACGCCGUGUAUACCGUUCUCCCCGGCACCAUCGUCAACACUACCCACUACUCGGUGACAGCUCUUUGCAAAGGCUGCACAUACUGGGCUCCAAACGGCAACAGCCCGAAAUCACUAGAUCCUAGCGGAGAGAACAACUUGGCAUUCGCCCACUCCGGUGUGCCCGUUCAUGAGCCCGCCAACAACCAAACGUCCUUGAGCAGGCACGAGCGUGUGGGAAACUGGAUGCACAGCUUCAAGUCUGCACAAGCAGCCGAGUUCGAAUCGUGGGCUGGGAGCGAUAGCGGCAGUGAGCCUCCUGUCAGCACGGCAACCCAAACGACGCUAUCAACGGUCUUCUCGACAUUGACGCUCCGCACCACCACCACCGGUAUAGUGUCCUCACCAGUCGUCAACAGCACUGCCACUUUCUCGGCUUCAAGUCCCAGUACAAUUUCGUCCCCUGUUGCAUCCAGCACCCCCCCGCUUCCCGUUCCGAGUUCGUGCUCGGGCGUAAACCCUUUCAGAUCCGGAUAUGAGACGGCCAGUGGCUGGAGAGCAGUGAAGCUUGCCGGGUCACUUACAUCCCCUCGAGGAGUAGCAGUCGAUUCGGAAGGGAACCUGCUGGUUGUGCAAUCAGGGAAAGGCGUCACGGUUCACACGUUUGGGUCCGACGGCUGCAUCUCCGCUACGAAAACUCUCAUCAGCAACCCGUCGCUCAAUCAUGGCAUUGGCUUCACACCAGAUGGGAAAACGCUGUAUGUAAGCUCCAUGACUACCGCAUGGUCGUACGCCUACGAUGCAAAGGCGCAGGCUGUGAGCGAGCAGACUGUGGUCGUCAAGAGCAUGCACCAAGAAGGGCACUCAACGCGCGCGCUGCUCGUCCCACCUGCGACGCCGCACCUUCUCGUCAUCCAACAGGGGUCUGAUGGGAACUUUGACUAUGAUUCGCUCAAUAAGGCAGUAGCACGUGCUGUGGUCAAGGUAUUUGACAUGCGAAGCGUCCCAGCGGGAGGGUACGCCUACGCUUCUCAGGGGUGGCUUCUGGGAUACGGCCUACGUAACGAAGUUGCUCUUGCGACUGACGGAAACAAUGCGGUCUGGGGUGUAGAAAAUAGCGGUGACGAUUUCGCCCGCACAGUCAACGGCCAGAGCUACGAUAUCCACACUGAUAACCCAGCAGAGGAGCUCAACUUCCUCGGAAACCCUUCUGAGCCAAACGAACAGUGGUACGGAUACCCGACUUGCUUUUCUGUCUGGGAACCUUCCGUCAUCACCGACAAGAGCUUCGCGGUCGGUCACCAGUUUGUUGUCGCCCCCAAUGACACUUUUAACGACGAUACCUGCAUUCAGCGCUCUAUUGCCCCGAGACUCUCGUUCCAGGCGCACAGCGCCCCUAUCGGCGCCGCCUUCGACGGUUCUUUCCAGAACUUGUACGUGACACUUCACGGGUCCUGGAACAGGUCGCCCGCGACAGGCUUCAAAGUCUCGGCUGUCCCCUUUACGAAGCUCUCGAACGGAAACUAUGAUCCGGUUGCGGCGGCGGACUCCAAGACUGGCUACACAGACAUCCUUUGGAGCACCAACGUCGACACCUGUACGAGCUCGACUUGCUUUAGGCCGUCUGGCAUCACAUGGGACCGCUCCUUCUCAAGGUUAUUCGUUGCCAGCGACAACGAUGUUGAGGGAGAACUAUUUAUUCUUACAAAGUCUUGAUAUUGGAGUAUACCACGUAGUACAGGGGAAGACAGUUGCAGUUUUACCAUCACUCUGAUGCUGUGUCCGUAUCUUGGCGGCUAUUAUUCGAUGUUAUCAAGACGGCACCGAGUUCUAGCCCUAGUUACCUGGGCGAUUCCAGAGACUGUCACAACUAGGUCAAGUCAGAAAAACAUCGAAUGUGAUGAACCAUAGUGUCUAAUCAUUUGUGAGUAAAGUAGUUGUCCUAUUAAGAAUCCA